AUGUGGCAAGAAGCAAAAUUAAGUAUACCUGAAGAUUUAAUAAACAUUUUAGCUGAAGAUAGAACCAAUUGGCACUUUAACCCACCUUAUAGCCCAAAUUUUGGAGGUUUAUGGGAAGCUGGGGUGAAAUCUAUAAAAUAUCACUUAAGAAGAAUUCUUGAUAGAACACUUACCUUUGAAGAGAUGUCCACCACACUGUGCCAGAUUGAAGCCUGCUUAAACUCACGUCCACUAUGUCCAAUAGAUCAUAAUGAUAUUGACAAUUUAAAUGUACUUACUCCUGGACACUUCCUCAUUGGAGAAGCUCCAAUCAAUGUACCUGAACCAGAUCUUAGCCAAAGUGCAUUGUUAGGAAGCAAUGGCCGCACGCCUUUGCCGCCAAAAUUGAAUUCCAACUUUAAGCUGGAAACUUCUAAGAUUGGAGACAUUCACUCACUGUACUGGAUGCAAGAUUCGCAACAUUUCAGUUCUGGAAUUGAAGUCAAGGUGCAUUAUGCUAGCAUAUCGAGACUAGAUGUAGAAAAGGCCAUAGGUAUGAUGAAUAAAGCUGCAAUAGGAACUGAUUCAGACGACAAUCAUUUUGGUUUCGACUUUAGCGGCGUUACAAAAAGUGGCGAACGCGUCAUGGGUAUUGUGGUUGAUGGCUCAUGUAAGCGCACGGUGAGCGCACGUCCAGAUCUUCUGUGGCCGAUUCCGGAUCAUUGGGAGUUUGAAGAAGCCGCUACUGUACCAAUGGCCUACAUGACGGCGUUUUACUGUCUCAAUUCGUGUGUU